AAGAGGCCCAAGUGACUUUCGUUCUUUCUUUCUUGCCUUCUCUCCUCCCAUUCCCUCUCCUAACCCAGCCGAACGACCACUAUACACACCACGAUGUCCACUCACAAGCAAGACGAAGCCUACGCCGCCCACCGCAAAGAUCCCUCCAAGUUCUGGGCUCACCAAGCCGAACAAAUCGCCUGGCACAAAGCCCCCCAAACACCCUACAAGAAGACCACCAAGAAACUCUCCUCGGGCAUCGAACACCCUUCCUGGCAAUGGUUCCCUGACGGCGAGUUGAGCACCUCCUACAACUGCGUGACGCGACACGUCGAAGCGGGACACGGGGACAAGAUUGCGAUUAUAUGGGAUAGUCCGGUCACCGGCAGGAAAGAGAAGAUCAGCUAUGCACAGCUGGAAGAGGAUGUGGCCGUUCUCGCGGGGUCGCUCAGGGAAGAAGGUGUCAAGAAAGGGGAUGUGGUGAUAAUAUACAUGCCCAUGAUUCCCGCGGCGUUGAUCGGGAUGCUGGCCGUGGCGAGGUUGGGUGCUAUUCACGCGGUGGUGUUUGGUGGGUUCUCGGCUUCGUCGCUCGCGCAGAGGAUCGACUCGAGUCAGCCGGUGGCUAUACUCACAGCGAGUUGUGGCAUUGAGGGUGCGAAGGGUCCAUUGGCGUAUAAACCUAUGGUUAGAGGUGCGAUUGAGCAGGCGAAGCAUAAGCCGGAGAAGGUGUAUAUUUGGCAAAGGGAUGAGUGUAGGUGGGAUGAUACGAAGCGGACGGAGGGAGAGAGGACGUGGCAGCAGAGUGUCAAGUCAGCGAAGGCGAGGAAUGUGAGGGCGGAGAAUGUGGCGGUGAAGAGUAAUGAUGGGUUGUACAUAAUAUACACGUCCGGCACGACCGGCUCACCCAAGGGUGUCGUUCGCGAAGCCGGCGGCAACGCAGUGGGUCUCAACUUCACAGUACGCUACGUCUUCGGCAUUCGCGGUCCAGGCGAUGUUCUCUUUACAGCCAGCGACAUCGGCUGGGUUGUUGGGCAUUGCUACAUCGUCUACGGCCCUCUCCUCGCGGGCGCCACCACAGUCCUCUUCGAAGGCAAACCCGUCGGCACUCCCAAUGCAGACACAUUCUGGCGUAUCCUGGACGAGUACAAAGUCAACACCAUGUUCACCGCGCCGACUGCCCUCCGCGCCGUCCGAAAAGAGGACCCCGAAUCAAAGUUCUUCUCCAAGCGAGGAGAGAAUGGUGGCUUGAAGAACCUCCGCGCCCUCUUCCUCGCCGGCGAACGCAGCGAACCAAGCAUCGUAACAAUGUACGACGAGCUCCUCCAAAAAUACUGCGCACCCAACGCCACAGUCAUCGACAACUGGUGGUCCUCCGAAUCUGGCUCGCCCAUGACAUCCCUCGCCCUCCUUCCGGGCGUUGCAUCCUCCUUUGCUGACCAGCAAUACUACAAACCUCUCCCCAUCAAACCUGGCUCAGCAGGCAAACCCGUGCCCGGCUUCGACGUCCAAGUCGUCGACGACGAAGGUAAACCCAUUCCAGCAGGCAAUAUGGGCAACAUCGUCCUCGGCAUGCCGCUCGCUCCGACAGGUCUCACGACUCUCUGGCAAGACGAAGAAAGAUUCUACAAAGGCUACCUGAAACGCUUCGACGGGAAAUGGGUCGACACCGGCGACGCGGGCAUGAUAGACUCAGACGGCUACGUGCACGUCAUGUCCCGCGCCGACGAUGUCAUCAAUGUCGCCGCGCACCGCCUUUCUACCGGCGCUAUCGAGCAGGCCAUUUCCUCCCACCCAGACAUUACAGAAGCAGCAGUCGUUGGAUUUCCAGACGCGAUGAAAGGGCACGUUCCUUUUGCGUUCAUCGCCAUUGCGGAUCCACCGGCAGACUUACUCAAAGAUCUGAACGCGAAGUUGAGACAUCAUAUUGGUCCGAUUGCGAGUCUAGCAGGCUUCAUCGCUGCGCCGGGAAUCAUUCCCAAGACGAGGUCGGGUAAGACCUUGCGUCGAUGUCUGAAGGAGAUUUUGGAGCAUGCAGUGGAGGGAGACUUUGAUAAGGAUGUGGUGUACCCCGCGACCAUUGAGGAUCCGAGCGUGGUGCAGAAGGCGAAGGAGGCGGUGAAAGAGUACUUCACGAAUGGAGAGGGAAGCAAGUUGAAGGCGAAGUUGUGA